AAUCAAAUGUCGAGAAACGUCAAACAAAAACGAGUCGAGUCUUGUUGAACUUAUAACUAUUUUAAAGUAAAAUUCCGUUGUGGUGUUGAAAUUAACUCUUAAACUCAACUUACUCCAAAAAUGGCAGACCACGAUGAUUUUGAAGACAACCAGUAUCCAGACAACGAUGAAUUUGUUCCGUAUGUGAGUGCCGGUAACCUCGCGCAAAAAAACGGCGCGAAAGUCACGCUAUGGGGUAAAGUUACCAAAGUUUCUGCCACCGAAGGUUUCUAUGUCAAAACAGUGGACGACCAGGAGGUUCUUAUAAAGUUAAAGCGGCCGUUGGAUGAGCCUUUAGAAGGUUGGUACGAAAUUCACGGAGUUGCGCAGGGGAAGAACGUGGUUUGUGAAGAAUAUGUUCCAUUCGAUGAUGAACUCACAAAAAAUAUUGAUUUGGAGGGUCACAAAGCUUUAACGAGGUUGCUGGUGGCGAUAGACGAACCGUGGAACUUGGGUGAUGAUGGUGCUGUGGAAUCCGGGAAGAGUUCUAUGGCUGGUGUAACUCCAAUGGACUACUAAAGUUAAUGAAAUGGCCUUAUUUUAGAAUAAGAUACUUACAUCUUUGUCAUGUGAAGCAGAAUUCUACACUUUAUGAGUGUGAUGCAGAUAUUCCAUUUUUUACUGGACAUUCAUUGUAUCUUGGUAAUGUAUAUUGAGUUCCAUGUUUUCAGUUGAUAUGAAGUUUCAUACUACUUAUUAGUUUUCUGUUCCUAAUCUCAAUGUUUGUUCAUUUAUUGCCAUCUUUAAUUGACAUUCAUUUGAAGUGUACGUUGAAAACAUUCACAGCGAAAAAGCUUGAUAAUUUUAAUUUUCAAAUAUGAUAAUAAAAUCUUUUAUGUUAUGUAUUAAUCUGCACAUACGAGAUGGGUAAUCAAGGAUAUGUAAUAAGGACCCUUUUGAGCUAAUUUAAUUGGCGUUUUGUACAUUCUCUUAUUUAAUACUUUAGCUUUACUCAAUAUAAGUUUUUUAAUAUAAAAA